UGUGUCUGAACUACUGGAACUCUAUGAGGAAGAUCCUGAAGAGGUUCUCUAUAAUCUUGGAUUCGGACGUGAUGAACCAGAUAUUGCUUCUAAAAUUCCAUCAAGGUUUUUUAAUUCAUCAUCUUUUGCAAGGGGCAUAGAUAUCAAAGUGUUUCUGAGUGCACAACUCCAGCGGAUGGAAGUGGAAAAUCCCAAUUUUGCUUUGACAAGUCGCUUUCGUCAAAUCGAAGUGCUUACUACUGUGGCCAAUGCAUUCUCUUCCUUGUACUCUCAAGUUUCUGGCACUCCCAUGCAGAAAAUUGGGAGCAUGAAUUCAGUAUCUUCCAAUAAAGAGGCAUCCAGCCCACCUCCUCUGACACGAAGUAACACAGCGAAUCGUUUGAUGAAGACCCUGUCUAAGCUCAAUCUUUACGGAAACCCUCAAGCAGGGGAUAGCGGCAGUGGUAUAUCCACCGAGAAGGGCAAAUGUGAAAGUUGGAGUGAAGAACCAGACGUGAAAAACGAAGUCAAAACUCCAAAGCACUUCAAAGCAUCUUUGUUGGCAACAGUAAAAGAAGAAGCUCCUUGCAACCAGUCCAGCCUGUUAGGAGCUCUGGAUUCUUCAGAACUUUGUCCUAGCGUUCAACAAGAAACUCAAGGUUAUUCUAUUUCUUACGAAGAUCAGCAAAAUAAUAACUCUUUUGGACAUACAGGUGGAUUUCAUGAAAAGAUUGCUGCUAUGAACUCUUCUAAUCUCACGGGUGAUACUCUGGAAUCGACCAGUUCUGAACAUAAAGAUGCCAGGGCAAUUCAAAUGCCUGCAACUUCAGUGGCUGAUAAAGAGGCCUCUGUUCUGCUAACCAUUCCCUCGAUUGCCAGCCUCAUGCUUCAGCAGAAGGACUCCUUUGAGAUGGAGGAGAUUCAAAGUACAGAGGGAGAGAUUCCACACGCUCCGAAUGCAAGUCAGCGGGCUUUAAACAGAACAAAAAAAGAUCAGCUCUUACGAUCAGCAAGUCAGCAUUCCGACAGCAGCGGCUUUGCAGAAGAUUCUUCCACCGACUGCUUCUUGCUCAAUCAACUGCAGGGUCACGACUCACUGCAGGCCAUGGGAAGCAGUGCCGAUAGCUGUGACAGUGAGAAAACAGUGACAUCCUACAGCGAAGAACUCAAGACGCCAGUGGCUGAACCAGUGUGCUCUUUCAGUGAGCUGGAUGAGGAGAAUUUCCUCCUCUUGGAAAUGGAGCAGCGGGAGAAAGAGGAAGUAGCUGAGGUGGAUGUAAGAGGAGGCCAGGACACGUUAGAACGCCAAGACGGGCUUUCUUCAAAUGGCAAAAAGGAAGAGCUUGACGGAGGCAGCUUAGAAAGGAGAAACGAAGUCGCUCCAGUCCGCGAAGCAGAACUGGAAACAUUGGACGAAAGCAGCGAAGAGAGUGAUGUAGAGAAGAGCAGUGAAUGCGAGUUCCCGCCCUAUAAAACUCACCACAUUCUCAAAUCAAUGUCAUCUCUAGACAGUAGCUGUUCCUCUCCUUCUUCUGUGGAGCGGGUGAAUAUUGCUUUACAGAGAGCCCAGAGAAAGGACAGCGGGUCUUCCAGUCCCAGAACAGAUCGCCCCCUGCUCAAAUCAAAGGACCUUCUUUUUAAGAAGAGGCAUCCGGUCUCAGAACUGGGUUAUCCCCUGAGGCGCUCCCAGUCCCUCCCAACCACUCUUCUCAACCCAGUGCGAGUUGUCUCCUCGGUGAAUCUCCAGCUAAACCCAGGCAAGCAAAUGCAGUGUGGCCCUCCUUCUUUCACGUAUCUCUACGACACAGAGGAUGAUCCCGGGAAAGAAAAUACCCCAGAAGAAACGUCCUCUGGAGACACUGACAAGAGCUCUUCUCCUUUAUGUAAAUCCACCCUCCACAUUGCUCCGUCACCCAUGAGGAAGGAACCUUCCCAGCCUGUUGGAAACAAGGGGCAGGAUGAGUUCCUUCGUAGCAGGAUCCAGAGCUGCCCUUUGCACCUCCCGCCAUGCAUGUCUCAAUCUUCAUGCUCUCUGCAUUCUCUCCACUCUGACCUUCCAGACGGGCACUUCCAUGGCCAGACAAGGACAUUUAGUACACACAGCAUCCCAAGCACCCCUGGUUCUUCCUGUGGGGGAUUGGUCUCCCCUUUUGGCUGCCCUCAUAUGUUGAGGCACGUUGGACAUCCCCACCGGUUUCCUUCCACGAACCCUCCCUCCACUGUUGAAAUGCAACUGAGACGAGUCUUACAUGAAAUCAGGAACUCCUUGCAAAACCUCUCACAGAACACUACGAUGAGAACGCAUGACUUCACUGGAGCCUCUUACAGCACUCAGAAAUCAUCCAUUCUACCUCUCUAUGAAAAUACAUUCCAGGAUCUUCAAGUGGUGAGAAGGAACCUAAACAUCUUUAGAACUCAAAUGAUGGAUUUAGAAUUGGCCAUGUUGCGCCAGCAGACUGCUGUUUAUCAACACAUGACCGAAGAUGAGAGGUAUGAAGCUGACCAGCUCCAGACUCUGAGGAAAUCGGUUCGAAUGGAACUUCAGGAGUUAGAAAUGCAAUUGGAGGAACGGCUGCUUGCUCUUGAAGAGCAGCUUAGGGGCAUACAUGAGUCAUCACCUUACAGACUACAAACCUUCAUG